UCUGCCUGCCUGUGCACUGAAAACACGGGCGGAGGGCGGGACGGGCGCCAAAGAAAGCCGAACCCCAGCGGCCCCGCAGGCCAGCCGCCAGCCUCGCCCCUGCGGAAGGGACCGAGCAGGGGGGAGACCCCGGCGGCUGCUGCCAGGGCUGGGAAUCGGGUCCCCGGAGGUCACAGGUCUCCUCCGGCCAGGCGCGGGCGGCGGCCGGCGGCCGGGUCUCCGCACGGCGCUGCGGGAGGCGGGGCGCGCGGCCGCGGGGCGGGGCUCGGGACCUCGGCGGCCAGCACCGCGCACACCAGGCUCCUGCCCGGACCCGCGCCGCCCAUGGCCGAGGUGCUGGAGCCGGAGCCGGGGCCCGGGGCGGCCGAGGGCGCGGAGGCCCCGGCGGUGGAGACGCCGGGCUGGCAGGUCCCGGAGGACUCGGGCGCCCAGCCUGAAAGUUACGAGAUCCGACACUAUGGACCAGCCAAGUGGGUCAGCACCUCCGUGGAGUCAAGGGACUGGGAUUCUGCCGUCCAGACUGGCUUUACCAGGCUGACCAGCUAUGUUCAAGGCAAAAACGAGAAAGAGAUGAAAAUAAAGAUGACAGCUCCAGUGAUGAGCUACGUGGAGCCGGGUUCGGGUCCUUUUAGCGAGUCUACCAUUACCAUCUCCCUGUAUAUCCCCUCCGAGCAGCAAUCUGAUCCGCCGAGGCCUUCAGAGUCAGAUGUCUUCAUUGAAGACAGAGCGGCAAUGACUGUGUUUGUGCGACUGACUGCGCCGGUACUAAAACCAUUCAUGGUUAUCUACGUUCUCCUUUGUAGGUCUUUCGAUGGAUUCUCUAGCGCCCAAAAGAAUCAAGAACAACUUUUGACAUUAGCAAGCGUUUUGAGGGAAGAAGGAAAAGUUUUCGAUGAAAAGGUUUACUACACUGCAGGCUACAACAGUCCUUUCAAUUUGCUUAAUAGAAAUAAUGAAGUGUGGUUGAUUCAGAAAAAUGAACCCUCCAAAGAAAAUGAAUGAGAAAAUGAAAAGAAAUAGCAUCGCCAGGGGCUGAGCUUUAAUAUAGACAUCAACACACCCAGAAGUAAAAUGUGUGUCUAGUAUCUUCUCCUUGAGAAUACACAUAUGACUUGAGCCUAUUUCCAAUGUGCCUUUUUAAUGCUUGAAGGUUUAUCAAGAUACACAGAUAAUAGGGGACAACAUUCUAUGAACAUGGAAAUGGUCAUCGUCCUGGUGGUCUUUAGUUCUAUGAGGCUCCAGAGAAAUACCAUGUUACUUCCCCUUCUCUGUAUCAUAACCAUGUUGCUUUUUUUCUACUGGAUCCGUGUCAAUUGGAUGUUAUCUCCUCCAGACAGUAGCAAUAAAAAUGUUAAAGAUUUA